CACGCGAAUAUUUUCUUAUUUCAAUAUCACUUACUUAUCUGAAAUAUCAUAUAUUAUAUCGUAUAUUUUGGAUUUUUAUGAAAUCCCAAGCGUUUCCCUGUUCCCCUCGGUUCUAAUUACAAGCUCGACGAUCACAAACAACAAGCCAACCCCUCAUUUGUUUUGGAAUUCCUCUUGCUACUUAUCUCGCCAACGAAACAAGAAAUCGUACCAUUAACUCAUUCUUCUUUAAAGUCUUUACUGCAACGCAAGUAAAAAUCCAUAUCGGUUGUCACUAUUGGUAAUCAUCGGUCGAUUGUCUAGCUUCUCAGUUCAGCUCCCAGGAGAUACACUCAACACUCUUUCCCUUUGAGAGAACCCUAGUGAGUCGUACCAUGUCUUUUGACCCUGCACGUGGACGUGGCCGCGGUGGUCGCGGUGGCGGAGAUCGUGGUGGAAGAGGAGGUGGAGAUCGUGGUGGACGAGGAGGUGGAGAUCGUGGUGGACGAGGAGGUGGAGGUCGUGGUGGUGGAGAUCGUGGUGGAAGAGGAGGUGGAGAUCGUGGUGAACGAGGAGGUGGUUAUGAUGGUGGAAAUCGUGGUACUUAUGGUAGCCGUGGUGGAGGUCGUGGUGGAGGUCGAGGUGGCCCGGUAUCCAUCUUCAGGGAUCCUAAUUAUGCAGCGGAAGCACCUGACGCCAAAGUCGCGAAAAUGGAAGACGACUAUCAUAAGAGCUCAUCCGGGAUCAAUGCCUUGAAUAAGAUGUCGUUCAACCAAAGAUUUCCUACUCGCCCAGGAUACGGCGAAAAUGGUCGAAAAGUUCAGCUGUAUGCUAAUUAUUUUGCAUUAAACACAAGCCCGAGUUUCGCUUUGGGUCGUUACCCGGUAACCAUAUCCCCGAGCAUGGACGACAAAAAAAAGAAACGGGAGCAGCUUUUCAAUCUCAUCCUCGAGUUGCCAGAAUUUGCAAACAUACCUCUGGCCACUGAUUUUGCGUCCAUGAUAAUCACACCGAACAAAUUGCCUUUCAAAGAGGAACGUGUUUUCGACAUUCCUUGGCGAAACGAAGGAGAGGAUGAUCCACUUUCAAAUGCCCAAAUUUAUAAGGUUCGGAUCGGCUCUCCAACGUCUUACACUAUCCCCGAUCUUGUCCAAAGCUUGGGCAACAUUUCUGCGGCUAAUGUAUCAGAAGUUCAAAGAGAGGAGGCUAUCCAGGCCAUGAAUACGGUGAUGGGGUUCUUCGCCAAGAGCCAGAAAGGAACUGUUUCUAUUGCAAAUAAUAGACACUUCUCCACAGCUCAAGCUGGCAACCAGCAUAACUACACGACCCUGAAUUAUGGACUGGAGGCUAUACGCGGGUUCUAUCAGAGUGUUAGACCAGCUACUGGUCGACUUUUGUUGAACGUAAACGUCACCCAUUCCGUUUUCCUCGAGCGUGGGCCAUUGAACGUUUUCUUCCAAAGACUUGGUCAUGCCCAUAGUGUUGUGGAUAAGAUAAAGAGAAAGCGAGUAGAAGUCACUCACUUGGCUGCAAAAAAGUCCAAGUCCGGUAUCAUCAUUCCCCGAGAAAAGACCAUUUGGGACUUGGCUCGCCCAAGUGAUGGUAGAACCGAAGAGCACCCCCCACAGGUUGCUAAAUAUGGCGCUGGGCCAAAAGAAGUCAAGUUUUGGAUUUCCGCCGAACAACCAUCAACGAAAGCCAAAACUCCAUCUAAACCCGGAUCAAAGCAGGGUUCUAAGCCAGCCGCAACAAUCAACAAAUACAUUACCGUGUAUGAUUAUUUCAAAUUUAAAUAUCCGAACAUUGUUUUGAAUCCGAAAUUUCCUGUAAUCAAUGUUGGCAACGACUCCAACCCAUCUUACCUGCCGGCGGAGGUCUGUAACAUAAAGCCAGGCCAAAUUGUGAAGAAGUCUUUACUUGGAGAUCAAACUCGUUUGAUGUUGGAUUUCGCAAAUAGAAGGCCAGAGCCUAACGCCAUGUCCAUUAUCACUUCUGGUAAACAAGUCUUGGGCUUGAACAAUAAAGACAAUCCUCUUCUCUCUAAAUUUGGUGUCCAGGUUGGUAACAGCCUUAUAACUGUUCAAGGUCGUGUUUUGCCACCACCCGUGAUCAAUUACAAGAAUAGACAACAUCGUCCAAUGACAAAGGUACCCAUGGAUGGUUCUUGGAAUAUGAGGGACACUCGUUUCCACACUUGCGGAGAUCUAGGUAACUGGACUUACAUGGUGGUUGAAUCCGACAAACGUGGUGCUAGAUGGGACCACGAAGCAGCGGCCAAUACAGUUAAGCAGUUUAAGGCCCACCUUGAAGGUGCAGGAAUUGGAGUCCAAGGUUGGAUGGAUACACCCGCGCCUACCCCUAAGCAUAUAGAUGGGAACGAAACAGCUACAUCUGCCGAUAUUGAAAGAGUAUUCCGAAUGAUGUCUACAUCUUCAAACCUGAAGAAACCCAAGUUUCUUCUAUGCAUCCUUCCAGUGGAUGAUGUAAUGCUUUAUAACACGAUAAAGCGGUUCGGAGAUACCAGAGCCGGUAUACAUACAGUUUGCGUACAACACUCCAAGUUUGCAAAGGGAGACCCGCAAUACUUCGGUAAUGUCGCAUUGAAAUUCAAUCUCAAGGCUGGCGGUAUCAAUCAGACAAUCGACAAGCUUGGGAUUAUCAACGAAGGGAAGACAAUGGUCGUUGGAAUUGACGUAACACAUCCAUCCCCAGGAUCAAAAGACACGGCACCUAGUGUUGCUGCCAUGGUAACAAGCACUGAUAAGCUCUUGGGUCAAUGGUCCGGUAUCUGCCGCUUACAAGGCCAAGCUCGUCAAGAGCCGGUAUCAGAGCUCGAACCUAUGUUUAUUAGGCAACUGGACAUCUGGCAGAGAAAGAACAAAAAGUUACCUGACAAUAUUCUGAUUUAUAGAGAUGGUGUAUCGGAGGGGCAAUACAAUAUAUUGCUUGAACAAGAACUUCCGAAAAUCAGAAAUGCUUGUCGUCAGAAGUAUCCCGCCGACUACACCAAGAAAAGCCUGCCACGAAUCUCAAUCAUAGUUUGUGGAAAGCGACACCACACUCGAUUUUAUCCAAAGGACACUGAUAGUGCAGACUCUAAGUCGAACUGUCCCGCCGGAACUGUAGUUGAUCGUGGUGUUACCGAAUCUCGCAACUGGGACUUCUUUCUUCAGCCACAUCAAAGUCUGAUGGGAACGGCCAGACCUUGCCAUUAUUUUGUCAUUCAAGACGAAAUAUUCAAGUCACAAAAAGUGAAGGCUCCUCACACUACUUCAGCCGAUUCUCUUGAAGAACUGACGCACAAUAUGUGCCACUUGUUCGGGAGGGCUACAAAGGCUGUGAGUCUAUGUCCGCCUGCAUAUUACGCAGACUUGCUGUGCACUCGCAUGAGAGCAUAUCUCGCAGAUCAGUAUGAUCCUCCAACAGGUCGGACUACACCAGAGCCUGGAAAUCCUUCAACCCCGUCCACGAAUGCGAUAGGUCAAGGCAGAAUCAAUAUCCACCAAGAUAUUACAGAGUCGAUGUUCUGGAUCUAAACAUUUCGAUGUGUUCCUGGUCGUAUCUUUAGAUUCCCAGAUUACACUCUAUUCCGAGAGCCUUAGUGCAUAGGCAAGCAGACUUCAAUUUUCAACAUCUCCAUUCGUCGAGGCAUUUUUCAACCAUGCCGAUUGUUUGUUGGGAGCGAGAGAUAAUUUUCUUUUCCCGUUCACUGUUCACUCAUUUGACUAUUGCAGCAAUCUCUACGUUUCCGUAGAUAACAGCAACUUUUUCGAUUUGCGUUUCCAAUUUUGGUGCGCAAUAACUUCAGCUUAAAUGAAUAGUAUCGAAAUGCAAAUAUCAGAUCUUUUCCAUACUGCAAUUUGACCU